GCGGAUCACGUGAUCCGGUGACGUAGCCGCUGGGUUUCUCACCGCCCGCCAUAUCUACAGUUUGGUGACGUUCUUUCUUUUCCGCGCCUUUGUACAGAUUUUUAGCUUCAAAGUCGACGUUUAAGACACAUUUUAGGUCCCACAAUGGCCACAGGUGCCAAUGCUACUCCUCUAGGACGGCUUCACCCUCUUCUAUCGAGUGGAGGAACGAAGAGAUCGGCCGACGAAGAGAGUUCUGGUGGAAAUUGGAAUGAUAGGGAAAGCAGGUCUAAGAAGCGGCGUAGUCGUUGGCAACAAGAUGUCGACAAAAAGACCAUCAUCCCAGGAAUGCCAACUGUCAUUCCUCCAAACCUCCCUAAAGACCAAGAAAGACAGUAUUUAGUUCAUCUGCAAAUUGAGGAAAUUUCCCGCCGGCUUCGCACUGGAGAUCUGGGCAUCCCUCCCAACCCCGAAGACAGUGGUCUUUCGUACAGCAGUAUGACGGGACAGGAAUAUACAAGACAGAGGUCGCCCUCCCCGGAGCCCAUCUACAACAGCGAGGGAAAGCGGCUGAACACACGCGAGUAUCGCACGCGGAAGAAACUGGAGGAGCAGCGACACAACCUCAUACAAGAGGCGCUGCGGCUCAACACGGACUUCAAACCUCCUGCGGACUACAAGCCGCCGGUGACCAGAGUGAGUGAUCGAGUGAUGAUCCCGCAAGAAGAACACCCAGACAUUAACUUUGUCGGCCUGCUGAUUGGCCCACGUGGAAACACGCUGAAGAAGAUAGAGAAAGAUACCGGAGCGAAGAUCAUGAUUCGUGGGAAGGGUUCCGUGAAGGAGGGAAAGAUCGGACGGAAGGACGGACAGCCUCUCCCCGGCGAAGACGAACCCCUCCAUGCCCUCGUCACCGCCAACAACGCCGAGUCCGUACGCAAGGCCGUUGACGAGAUCAAAAAGAUUCUGCGGAUGGGAAUCGAGACGCCGGAGGGGCAAAAUGAUUUGAAGAGAAUGCAGCUUCGCGAGCUCGCGGCGCUCAACGGGACGCUACGGGAUGGUGAAAUAGCCAGGUGCACGAACUGCGGUUCUGCCGAACAUCGCACCUGGCAGUGCCCCGAGCAGCGGAACAUCACCAACAACGUGGUGUGUACCAUGUGUGGCGGCGCGGGACAUAUCGCCUCUGACUGUCGGCAGAAGAGGCCUGGUGAAAUGGGAGGAGUGAACCCUGUCUCUGGAGUAGACAAGGCCAAGAUGGACAGUGAAUACAUGUCCCUGAUGGCUGAGCUGGGAGAGGGGCCGCCGCCGCCCUCUUCAGGCCCUGGCAACCGUGGGCCACCACCUAACCGCGGACCCCCACCAAACAUUGGCAACCGGCCCCCUUGGAUGAGUGGACCCCCCAAGGCCAUAGGAGCCCCUCCUGGAGGCCCACCCCCUCCCGUUCCCCCACCCCCUAACGUCCCCAGCAUGGUGCCCCCUCCCCCCACCAGUAUGUCGGGCAUGCCACCCCCCUCCAGCAACGCUAACAUGCCCCCCUGGCAGAUGCCACCCCCCAAGACGUCGAUGAACAACAAUCAACAACCGCCACCACCAGUUCCCAUGGUGCCGCCGCCUCCCCCACCCCCGUCGUCAAGCCAGCCGGCGCCCCCGCCCCCACCCAGCAGCGGCAUCACCAGCCUGCCCUGGCAGAUGAGCACUGCAAGCACGACCUCCACCAUGGCCUCUGCUCCCUGGCAAAGUGCACCAACCUCAGGAGCCCCCCACAACCAUGGACCCCCGAUGCCAUGGCAACAGCAGAUGGUACAGCCCGUCCCGCCACCUGGCAUGCCCAUGAUGCCGCCACAGCCACCCCUACCCCCAGGGCCACCUCCCCCACCCCCUGGUGGGAUGUUCGGACAGGCUCCCCCUCCACCCCCUAUGGAUUUCUCUCAAAUGGGCAUGCCCCCUGCCCCGCUUGGCAUGCCUCCUGCACCCCCUCCUCCCCCACCAAAUUAAAUCAAGUGGUACGGUCCACAAUUUGCAUACAUGAUAAUAAUGAUUUAAAAAAAGGUGGAGUCAUCCUGUAGAGAAGUGUAGCACUUACAUUUGUGGAGCAACUUAAGGGGGGAGUGAUAAAAUCCGAGAUGCAGUGAAAGUUGCAACGGGGGACGGAGAAAGUUGUUGUCUAAAUUUAAUUUUUAUGUUUUUAUAAGUACCGGUCUGUCGUUAAAUGAUACAUGUUCAUGUUACAGUAGGUAUUAUAACAGGAAAGGACGUCCUUUACUGAUUUUUGUGGAAUCAAGGCAUCAAGAAAAGGGUACUUUGGGAAAUGAAAUAAAGCAAGCCAUUUCUAACAUUCAUACUGAUAUGUAAAGUCACUGCUCCAUUGAAACCAAAUCAAAUCAGUAAAUGUAUAUUAUGAAAACAUGGACUAUGUAUACCUAACAAGUAGUUGAAAAGCAUUGUAGUAGGAAUUGUGGACAAUGGCAAAAGUGAGAAAGGUGGUAUUUUACGAAGAAAGCAUGAAUAUGUGCUUGUGAAUGAUACAAACAUGUAGGAUACCAAUAGUCAACUGUUCACAUUAACUAGUAUCUUUCGUCCACAUCCAUUCAUGUCAAAAAUUCAACCUGUAAAUUUUGUGUGGGUUGAAGUCAUGUUUUUUAUGCUUGCAUGGAAAAGAAAUGUAAAAAAAAAGAAGAAAGGUUUACUCUGCUAUUUGCAGUAUAGACAGCUGUUAAAGAGGGCGGGUAUUGGGUGAGUAGAUCUAGUGAUGGUGUCGGUUUCUCACAAGUUGUAAAUACACUAAUAUUUGGGGGGUUCCAAUUUUCUCAAGGGACUCGUGCUUUAACUGAUAACUUUGGGCUAAUUCUUUCAUGUAUAUUAGUCAAAGCGUGUGGUGGCAGGGGGAAUGGUGAAGCAUUUUCUUCCGGGGUUAAAUUUGCUCUCAGAAUAUAUUGAAGAUCUUUGGUUGUGAUUUUGUUAGAAAGAAGGUUAUUAGAAACAAAUGUUUGGUGCAUUGUCUUCAGGCCUAAGCUAAUCAUAAAUGUUGAUCCCUAAAAAUGUCUUUAGCUGAGAAAGGAUGUUGUUUUCAAACAGUUGUUGCUACUAGUAUUUAGACAUCUUUUGUGAACAAAUUGCAGAUAGUUAACAUGAAUUUGUUCAUAUGAUAACAUACAAGUGCUGAAAUCUUCACUUUAGAAAAAUGCAACAUUCAAAAAAUAAUCUUCCAUAAUUUGUCAUUACAACGUAGUAUUUUAUUUGCAGUGUUGGUAAUGUGUUAUUAGAGUGCAAACUGUGAAGUAUUUUGGGGAGGUCAAAAUCCUGUGCAAGCUAAACAUAUCUAUAACAGUAUAAGAAGGUGUAACUCCUUGGUCAAAUUUGUAUGUCCUUCGGUCUGGCUUUUCAGGGGAAACAAAUGUUAUUUAGAAAUGUCUGCUGUACCUAGUUUGUGAAAUCCUUGGAAAUAUAAAACCUAGUCUAAGUUGAAUCUUUUUGUUGCUGAUCUUAGUAUUUUCUCACUAGAAGUUUGGAAUCGUUCCGUUCAUUACCAUGAUUGCUAGAGCAAAUGCUUUGUGUCCGAAGAUGAAUUCAAUAAAGUUGACAAGAAAAUU